UAACCUGAAAAGUAGACAUGACAUAAGUCUAGCCUAGAGACUCAUAGGACAUGAUGUACUGUUGUUUCCUGAAGGGUGUGAUGUUUGAUUUCACUUCUUCAUAUUUACCAUAUAAAAUGUUGGUGUCUUCCUUUAAUAAAUGCCUUUGAGUGAAUUACACCUUUUUGUGUGUGGUUAUCUCAAUGGUCCAGGAUCCUGACUCUGUGCUCCAUCGCUCAACUAAAAUCGAAUCUCGGCAGUUAAUCAAGUUAGAUAUUAAAUUCUAACAGUUGGGGGCUCGUCCGCGAAGGGGGGGAAAAUUAUUUCCCUAAUCUCCCUACGAACCGGGAACACUGUCCCGAGAUCGAGUGGGAAAGACGCGCCGGGGAUCAGGAAGCCUACGAUAAAGGGGCUUACAGGCCUCAAUGAAUCCUUUGCCUACAUGGGAAGAACCCAGUGACCCACAACCAGCUGAAUCCAAGGCUGACAUACCACCAAUGGUAGAGACCAUGAUUGAUCCAUCAUUAUGGUCACAAUAUAAAGAUGAAACAGGUUUUAUUGACAUGGAACCGUAUAAAGCAAAGCUUAAAACUAAACAGCCAGUCUACAUUAAGCAAUAUCCUUUGUCUAAAGACAAGGAACUUGGUAUUAAACCAUUGAUUGACAAUUUUGUCCAGCAGGGUGUCCUCGUGCCGACUCAUUCGCCAUACAACACACCAAUUAAUCCGGUGGUAAAAGCUGAUGGAAAAACAUGGCGUCUGACUCAAGAUUUGAGGGCCAUAAACAAAUUGAUAAUGCCAUUAGCACCAAUUGUGCCUGAUGUUCCAAUUGUUAUCAAUUCUAUACCAUGUACGCAUAAUUAUUUUACGGUCAUUGAUUUGUGUGCAGCUUUCUUCUCUGUACCUGUGCAUCCAGAGACGCAGCCGAUUCUAGCAUUCACUUUCCAAAAUGCACAAUAUACGUGGACACGCCUUGCUCAGGGCUAUGUGGACUCCCCCGCAGUCUUCUCGGCGGCUGUUCAAAGGACACUGGCCAAAAUGACUGACCUGCCUUCCACAGUCUGUGUCCUCCAGUACGCAGAUGACCUGAUCAUUUCUUCGGAAACGCGUGAGGACUGUGAGAAAGCCUCCAUCAUCGUCUGCAACGUCCUUGCACAAGCUGGGUUUAAAGCCUCGAAAGAAAAGCUCCAGUGGGUCCAGCCUAAGGUAACAUACCUGGGACACAUAAUAAUGCCAGGUUUGCGAGCAAUUUCUACUGACAGGGUCCAGAUGAUCAGGAAGAUGAAGUCCCCACAAACUGUGCAGCAGCUUCAAAGCUUUUUGGGACUCGUGAACUAUUGUAGAUCCUGGAUACCUGACUGUGCGAUACAUGACAAGUAUCUGAGAAGUCUAAUCGACCGCAAAGCUCCACCUAAAACGCUGUUGAACUGGACUGAUGAGGCAGAAAUGCACUUCGCGGCAUUGAAGAAGGCCAUCACCACGGCUCCUAGCCUCGGUCUCCCCAGUUUUGAAAAGGAGUUCCAUUUGCAUGUCCGGGAGACGGAGGGGGUGGCCAUGGGUGUCCUGCUGCAACAGCAUGGUUCCACCUACAGACCUGUAGCUUACCUGUCUAAAAAAUUGGAUAAUGUAGCUGCAGGCAUGCCAGCAUGUCUUUGUGCUGUGUCAGCGGCUGCUAUAGUGGUGCAGAUGGCUGAGAAGAUUGUUCUGUCGCAUCCAAUGAUUGUAUAUACUUCACAUCAGGUGGGAGCAAUCCUACACAAUAUGCAGACGCAACACAUGACAGCGCAACGACGCUCAGGCUACGAGGCAAUCCUGCUGGCCACAAAAAACCUCACCAUUCAGCCAACAUCAUCAAUUAAUCCUGCUUUAUUAGGGGUUCUUGGAAUGGCUGACAUGAUAGAUGGUAAUGAAAGUCAUGAUUGUAUCAUUGAAUUAACUUCCUCAUGUUCUUCCAGGGCCGAUCUCUUGGAUUCGCCCCUGGAUGGGGGGGAGCACAUAUAUGUUGAUGGAUCAUGUUCAAAACCUUUUGAUGGUGUCUACCUUUGUGGGUAUGCUGUGGUGUCAGAAACUGGGGAAACAAUAGAAGCUUAUGCCUUAGACUAUAAUUCAGCGCAAGCUGCAGAAUUGGUAGCGUUAAUAAGAGCAUGUAAGCUGAUGGAGGGAAAACGGGUAACAAUUUAUACUGAUUCAAAGUAUGCAUGGGGGGUAGUGCAUCACUUUGCCAGGACAUGGGAAGCUAGGAAUUUUAAGACAGCAGAUGGUAAACCAAUAGCGCAUUCAAACCUAAUAGGACAGUUAACUGAAGCAGUACAGCUACCUGCCGAAGUGGCCAUUGUAAAAGUGAAAGGUCACGCAGCAGGGGAUGAUGAACAAGCUGUAGGAAAUAGAAAAGCAGAUGAGGCUGCAAAGCAAGCGGCAAAAGCCCAGAUUAAACCUCCAUUUGAUAUGGGUAACAAAAGUCAGGUAACUAUGUCUGUGCACAUAACUAAUGUACCUGAAAUUGACAUUAAGAUUCUGCAAAGUCAACCAACACAAACUGACUUAGAACAUUGGAGUAAACACGGGUGUGCCCCAGACAAAGAUGGUAUUGUGAGAGAUGAAAAGGGAAGAAUAGCACUCCCAAAGUUAGGAUUGGUAAUCCUCAUUAGGCAUUACCAUGGUUUGUCGCAUACAAGCUGUGCAAAAGUAGUACAAGUAAUAAAUCGUUUGUACUGCAUCGCAGAUGUACAUAAAACAGCCAAGCUCAUUCUAGACUCGUGUCUUACGUGUGCUAAGGUAAAUCCGCACAGGCCAAUUAAACAUGAAGCAUUACUACACCCAGAAGCACCUUUUCAGCAUGUACAGGUCGAUUUUACACAUAUGCCACCAAUAGGUAAUUUAAAGUACCUUCUGGUUAUAGUAGACCGAUUUUCAAAGUGGCCAGAAGCGUUCCCAUGUGCAAAAGAGGACGCUAAGACCGUGGUCAAAAUUCUAACUAAAGAGAUAAUUCCCAGAUUUGGUAUACCUACUACAAUUGAGAGUGACAAUGGGACGCCAUUUGCGUCCAGGGUAACGCAGUUUUUGGCCAAAUCAUUGUCCAUCGAUUGGCAUUUCUCCAUACCGUACCAUCCGCAAUCAUGUUCAAACGUGGAACGUUUAAACAAAACCAUUAAGGGACGACUGACAAAAGCCGUCCUGGAAACGGGGAAAAAAUGGGUAGAUUUGCUACCAGCAGUGUUAACAGAAAUAAGAAUGACUCCAUCUUCCACCACUAAACUGUCACCAUUUGAAAUACUAAUGGGUAGGCCUUUCCCGACCCCAUGGGUCAAAGGCCGCGCAGGCAUUGCUUCCUUAGGAGACCUGGAGGUGAUACAGGAGGACUACGUGACUUCCCUAAUAGAAAAGCUUAACUCUAUAUGUGCUGAUGUUUCUUUGUGUCUCCCUCUCCCCUCAGAAAAACCUACUCAUCCUUUUGUUCCAGGCCAGAGUGUGCUGAUCAAAAGUCUGAAGCCGACGAGGAUAGGAGAGCCGAAGUAUCUUGGACCAGCCACUGUGAUUGCAGUAACCAGGACGGGAGUUCUGACGGACUACCAGCCACAGUGGAUACACGCCUCAAGAGUAAAGCAGUAUUCUACAGGAGAGCAGGAAAGCUCCAAUUUAAAAUUGAAUCCUGGAAAAGGGAAAAACACUGAUUCACCUUUAAUGAGGUUUACAGGCUAG